AUGCGGCCCCUAAUUGUACUUAUAUCACUCGCUUUUGUGUCUCCAAUUUCUGCGGAUUGUCUGCAGGGAUGGGUCGAGAUUCCGGAGGAGAAUACUUGUAUUCUUAUGAGUAAAAUGGAUUUGGCGCAUCUGCAAGCACUACGAAAUUGUCAGACUCUCGGAGCAAGUUUGGUCAAGAUUGGCGAUGCUUUUAUGAAUACAGCUAUCGCUAUCGAAGCGAUGACUUUCGAAAACGGACGAAAGACGCUGAUUGGAAUCGAGAAAAUGUCGAGCGGCGAAUGGGCCUAUUCAGAUGGUACCCAAUUGCAAUAUUCAAAAUGGAAGUCUGGGGAGCCAAAAGCAAAUGCCAGCUGUGCAGCCAUUGAUCCGACGACCGCUUUCUGGGAGACGGUCGAUUGUGGAGUGAAAAUGCCGUAUGUAUGCGGGAAACAAGAUAAAAAUGCACCUUGUGACCUGGGAUGGAGCUACUCGGAAGAAUCCAAUGCAUGCUAUUGGCUCAAGGCAAGUCCG